AUAUAUUUACAGGGGUGUCCUUAUUUUCUCUUCACUUUGCUUUGCAUGACUUGUUAGCAAACAAACCAUCUCUCUUCUUUCUCUUUUCACUACUCUUCUCUUAUCUUUCAUUACUAAACUUUUGAGUCUCUUCUUUUUCUGUACUGCUUCUCUUCUUGUUGAAGGCCAUACUAGUUCAAUUCUUUAGGAGUGUUGGGUUCACUUUCGUUUGUUGCAUGGAUGGAUCCUUCAAGCGGACAACACCAGGAGAUGCCUAACCCUUCAUUGGAAAACAUGCUGGUUUGCACAUCAAGAGGACAGCAAGAGAGAAAGCCAAGGCCUCAACCGGAACAAGCUCUAAAGUGCCCAAGAUGUGAUUCCACCAACACCAAAUUCUGUUACUACAACAAUUACAGCCUUUCUCAGCCAAGGUAUUUUUGCAAGUCAUGCAGGAGGUAUUGGACCAAAGGAGGCACACUGAGAAAUGUUCCAGUGGGUGGAGGGUGCAGGAAGAACAAAAGAUCAUCAUCUUCGUCAUCAUCAUCAAAGAGGAGCCAAGAUCAGCCACUAACACCAAAUACAAACCCACUAACCAGCCUCCCACCUUUGAGUUAUGACACCAAUGACCUCAGUCUGGCCUUUGCUAGGCUCCAGAAACAAUCUAGUGGGCAGUUAGGGUUUGAUGAUCAUGACCUUUCUAUUCUUGGAAACCCAACUAACACCCAGUGUGAUAUCCUCGGAAACCCUAACACUAGUUCAGCUGCCAAUCCUGUCUUUCUUGAUGCACUCAGAAGUGGCUUUCUUGGAACCCAUAACCAUUUCCAGAAUUUCUAUUAUGGGUUUGGUAAUGAGAACAUGGGGGAGAUGGACAAUGGGGGAGGAAGUGUGGUUGUCAGUGGAGAAAUGAUGCUACCAUACAGUGAAGAAAUGAGUAAUAUCGCAGCAACAACAGCUGUGACGGUUACAACAAUGAAGCAAGAGUUGUGUAAUGGCAGAGAAAGUGAGAAUAGAGUGUUAUGGGGUUUGCCUUGGCAGCUUAAUGGAGAUGGUAACAACAUGGGCGAUCUUGAUUCAGGACGUGAAAGCUGGAAUGGACUCAAUCCAACUUGGCAUGGACUUCUUAAUAGCCCUUUGAUGUAGACAAUGGAGUGUUUUCCUUUCUCUUUUUUUUUUUUUCUUUUCUUGGUUCAAUGUCUGCAAGAAGCAAACAAAGGCACAGAGUUUUCUUCUCAUAUCAAAACUGAUAUUUCAGUUUUUAAUCUCUUUUUGAGUUUUCUUGUUAGGAGAUUUGAGAA